ACAUCACCCCUGUUAGGGAAGGUGGCCCAAAUCGGGUGCCCUAGCCGCUGGCUUACCUAAUAACUGCUGAUGACUGGAGCUCGCCGCAUCCCGAGCUGCCGACCCGCCCUGCCGCCGAGCGAGCUGUCAAACGACGACGCAUGACCACCUGGCCGCCGCUCGACACCGCGCGCGCCCGAAUCCCGACGCAACCCGCUCGGAAUCAUGGUCAAACCGCUGACCUUUAAGGGCGACAAGAAGCCCAAGAAGCGGAAGCGCGACAAGGCUGCCGUCGGCGACGACGACAACGAUGAUGAUGGGGCGAAGCAGCUCCAGCGCGCGCGCCGCGACGACGAACACGAUGGCAGCGGCAAAAGCUCAGAGGUGGCGGCCGGCGACGACACCUGGGUGUCUGCCGAGGCGGUCACGGACGUGGUCGGGCCCGUCAUGAUCGUGCUGCCCACGGACAAGCCGUCGGCGCUGGCGUGCGACCCGAGCGGCAAGGUGUUCGCCAUGCCCGUCGAGAACACGGUCGACGACAACCCCGCGACGGCGGAGCCGCACGACGUGCGCCAGGUCUGGGUCGCCAACAAGAUUGCGGGCACCGAACACUUUCGCUUCAAGGGGCAUCACGGACGGUUCCUCGCAUGCGACAAGAUCGGCCGCCUGUCCGCGACGUCCGAGGCCGUCUCACCGCUCGAGUGCUUCACCCUCAUCGCCACGGCCGACACGCCGGGCACGUUCCAGGUGCAGACGCUGCGCGACACGCUGCUGACGGUCAUGCCCCCGGCGUCGUCGUCGGCCAAGGCGGGCGCGCCGCCGGUCGCCGAGGUGCGGGGCGACGCCGACGCCAUCUCCUUCGACACGACGCUGCGCAUCCGCAUGCAGGCGCGCUUCAAGCCCAAGCUCAGGGCGUCCAAGGAGGAAAGGGCCCUGGCCAAGAUCAGCCGCCGCGAGCUCGAGGAGGCGGCGGGCCGCAAGCUGAGCGAGGACGAAAUCAAGAUGCUGAAGCGCGCCCGCCGCGAGGGCGACUACCACGAGAAGCUGCUGGACAUUAAAGUCAAGGGAAAGCACGACAAGUUUGCGUGAGCGGCGGCUUUUAAUGGUGAGCGGCGGCGAGAGCGCCAGGAAGGCUUCAUCUCGGGUCAGGCUCCGAUCUGGUGCCGGUGGCUUAAUUGGGGGUACGAAGGAUGCGUUGCCUACUCCGUACGCGACGACGAAACUGGCGUUGUAAGCGCCCCGCGACCCGCGAGUGGCCGCGCCCCCCCGAAUCACGCGCAUGCGGAGGCGAGGUUGGAGCCAACGAACGGCCCUUUAUGGAACGGGUAGAGCACCCGGUGAAGUGCAUACAUAGCCUCGAGAGGGCGCGACGGCUCGCCCACCGGCCCCAGGGACUGCCAUAUCGAGUCCGGUAGGCUCUUGCAAAUCUGCACCACGGCCAACGGCCUGGUAGAGGAGGUCGCGCAUGGAUCUAGCGCUUUAGACGCUACAGGUCGCAACAGGUGCCUGGCAUGCGCAUUGUUGCUGCGCACGACAUAAUUGACACAAAACAACAUGCACUUGAUGAUGGUUUGACUGUUUUUGAUUUGGUUCAGCGCCGGACACCUCAGCUGCCCGGCCUCCAGGCCUUGAUGUUGCCGUCCUCGCCCGCCGUAAACACCAGCUGCUCCUCGUCGAAGAAGCAAAACGACCGCACGAUUUCCUCGCCGUGCGCGCCCGGCAGGCCGACGCCGUUGGCGCGGUCCAGGACC